GGGGAAUACUCAUUUCAUCAUUAUAGCUCGCACAGUCGAACCAGACGAACAUACUCAUAGCGAGGCGCAAGUGGUCCUGACUCAAUACAGGAAUGAGGGGUUCCAGCCUUUCUCUUCUUACUCUUCUUUUAGUUUUCGGUGUUUGCCAUGGCGCGAAGUACAAUCUGACAAAAACAGUACAAGCGCCUCUCGUUGCCAGCCACGACCCACCAGAUGCGGACUGCAAAGUUCCGGGCACUUGCGUUGCUGUAAACCAAAGUAUCCCCGGCCAGAGCCUUUGGUACUGGUGCGGCUUCUACAGCACCCACAAGACGCUGUACACGCUCAAGUCCAACCAUGCCACUAACAACUUCUCCACCAGCUUCUUCAUGCGGAAGAAAGACCUGGUGGGUUGCGCCAUUCCACAGCUCGCCACUGUGGAGAACUGCCCCGUGCUUCCAGAGUCCUCAUGCAGCGGCAAGAAGACCUGUUCCGUGCGCAUGUUUGGGUUGGUGUUGUACGACGAGACUUGCUUUGUGAUCAUCAACAACAAGGCGGGAGCCAUCGUCGGGACGCUUCAAGUGAACAACUUUUAUGACCGUCCUCGGUACUACGGCACGGUAUUCACGGUGUUAAUCACCGUCAUAGGCGGGCUGGGCAUUAUCGGGACCGUCGCAUAUCAGUUCUACACCAUCAUCAUGGCCCCCGUCAGCAAGUACCGAGAGCCGCUGCGACCCAAGCGGGCGCGCGACAGCAGCGAGAAGGUCCCAGACAGCGACAAGGGGGGCGCUGCGGAUUUGGAGGGCGGCAGGGCGGCGUUCGACAUUGCUGGGGAGCAGCAAGAGAACUGGCUCAGUCGCUUUGCGCUAACGCUACGAUCCAAGCUUGGGCGCGGCAAGCAAUCGGCGUAAGGGGGUCAUGAUGUCCGGCAGUUUGUCAUGUGCUGUUGAUGAAAGGCAGG